CCUCGCUUCUGUCUCCUCACCGUUGCCUCUCCUCACCACUGCGUCCAGUGCCCACGUUCAUUCUCUUGCAACUGCUCUUCGUCUUCGUGCUUUUUCUUGCACACCACACUCAUUCAAUCCAUCUUUACAGAUACCGACAAGACAGUCUCGUCAGUCCCUUGACAUUGCAUUCUUUACAGCCCAUGCUAGCACUGCACGCACACGGUUCAAUCGCAACACCUUGGUCACACGUCGACUGGUACUCAACAUCAAUCACUCCUGAUAUCAACCACAACACGUCGUGUUCAAAUCAAACCAGUCAAAAUGCGUUUCACCAGCGUCUUCGCUCUCCUGGCCGCCUCGGUCGCCGUCGCUCAGUCUACGGAUGAGACCACGACGACUCUGACCUCGACCACGACCAAGACAGUGACCAUCACCAAGUGCAACCCGACCAACACCGCUUGCCCCUUGUACACGCCGACCUCGACCAUCGUCCCGACCAUCAACUCGACGACUUCCACCUCGACGACGUCGUCGUCCUCUUCGUCAUCCUCCUCGUCCUCUUCGUCGUACUACUACCCGGCUUCCAACUCGACUGGCUUUGCCGGUCCGACCGCCUCCGCUCCUUGGACCAAGUCUACCGCCCUACCCAUCAAGACAUCGGCCGACUCAUCCGUUGCUCCCACCGCAGGCUCCGCUGUGCCCUCGGCACCUUCCAGCGCCGGCUCUGGCAUUCUUGUUCAGAACGGCCUCCUGGCCGCCCUCGUCGGUCUCGUCGCCCUCGCCCUCAACUAAGUCGGCAUGGUGCUCGUCAUUUAACUGACUGGUCACUCUUACUUAUUUCGAUUCUCGACCGGUGGCUUGUUUAUUCUCUGGGGACAGGCUGAUUGGAGAGAUUUUAUUUGUUUUUGCCUUCUUUCUCAUUCUUCUGGUUUACUAUUCUCGGUGCGCGUGUGAAGCGGCUUAGAGCCUUGGUCACCGGAUGGCCUUCAUUUCUGGCCAUAGACUUACUGUUUGGGCUUUAGGAUGGUUUGGAGGAGUUUAUACCUACAUGGAGAUGUCCGCAUACAUACCCGACAGAUGAUGCACGUACUCUGUUUUUUGAAUGAUACGACCCCGAAAUGAUCUCACUUUUCAUGCUCCUCGAUGGCACUGGCACUGGCAUGCGGUCAGUUUCAUGAAUGACGAGCUCUUCGUAAUUGAUGCUGGUGACUGAUUGUUUCGGAGCAAGAUCUUUGUGCAAAGAUUCAGCCGACACACAGGUGUUCCAUCCACAAAUGUUUCACCACAAUACCGGAAUUCUGUACAUAGUUGAGGGUGCCCGGUUCAUUUUAAAAUGAAUUCCUCCCUACCUACGGCCGCCCCUUCGUUAUCUUGACACACGAUAUCAUUGUCUAACCCGGACCCAGGCAGGUAGGAGGGCGUGCCAAUCGCUGUUGUUUGCCGCAAGAUAGGCGGACCAAUGGCGACCGCCUUGGACGCCCAUUCGACUCGAAGGGCAGGUUCGCCUCGCUGAUUCGCCCAUGUGGUUUUCAUAAGUAGGAACGGGCCGCUUUUUAGAUCUCGUGAACAAGGACGUCUAACGACUUCUCGUUACGCCUGUCGGUUUCUCAUGUUUUGUUUUGAGAUUUCCUUCUCCCGAUGCUGUCACCUCUUUUGGGAUGUCAUCCUCAGCGACACCCGGUCGAUCCUAAUGUCGUCCCACGCUCGUUUUUGCGCAGCAGAAACAACUUAACAGCUCAUCACCGCCCUCUCGAUUUCCGACAAUCGUGCGCCAACCAAGCGUCAACAGCAGCACGAUCCCGGCUACCUGCAUCCCUGCAGAGAUCCCACUGACUUCUUCGUACCUGAACGGAGAGAUCAUCUCAUAAGCUCGAUUACGACGUGUCGAUUGGGAGCGAUAGGUGCAUGUUGACAGCAUGUAUGUGCAGAUGGAUUAAUCUAUGCGGUGUACAGUAGCGCAGGACUCGAAUUUCAUUUUCUCCCUUUUCAGCUCUACACGUUUGCGCCAAAUGCGAGACACAACGACGGUUCCCAAAGCACCCCAAACGAGGGGGGAAAACCCCCCAACGAAAACCAAACCCAGAGAAGAGAAAAAACCCUCCCGGCUAAAGAAGCCGCCACCGUUAUUACAGAUUAUGCUUGUGGCAGUGUCCAGCAUGCGCAAUGCUUGUAGAUGACUGCCGACAUCUGGAAGUCUGCCCCCCAUGUCGUUGCACCGCAGCAACUGUAAAGCUGUGCUUUGCCUCGGUAUUGCAAUGCAGCCGAGAUUCGUAUUCAGGUAUCAAGACGGCCGGCCACAAACAUGGCUCGAUGUGGUGCACAGCACCGCCUCUUGCGUUCAUGUCGCAUCUCGGGCAGAGGGCCGAAGAACGGUAAAGAACGAUGACGAUGACGAAGAUGACGAGUCUCGUCUGGCUGCUCGGCUGUUCCUCCAGUGUGCAAUCAAUCCUCCUCUCCGCUCGAGACCGAAUCCUUCAGCACAAACCCUGAGCGCAUCGGUCGCAUAGGCUCUUGCCCGCUGAUAUCCGAACCUCACAACCACAAACCGACUUGUGGUCACAAAACUUGAGCGCCAUGUGAUUUGUUCGCGGCUUGUUGUAGGACCGGGCGUCUGUCGUGUGCGUGUUGCUCAUGCUUCUGCAGCAGCUCGUGCUUGCCGGAUGUUCUCUCAUCAUGGAAGGCCUUGCGCAAAGUUGGGACGGUUUUAAUCAAUUUGGGUCAACCGUUCAUCCGUUCGAAUAGUGUUCAACGGCUCGGCCCGUUGGGACUGUUAUGACGGAGGGGCCGGGGCUGCCAGGUUUCGAGGAGGGAAGACGGACGCAAUGCAACGGACAGCGUAGGCAAGAAAGUGGGUUUGACUUUGUAACGCGACACAGGGCUUCUUGAGGCUGAGCAGGUCCGGUUUUCGAAGAGCUCUCUGCACGAGCUGGCGACAACGUUCCCCUUUUGUUGAUCGUC